AGGAGAUGACGGCCAUCCUCUAGAAAUGGGACUGUUCCAAGUGACACUACAGGAAGAGGUAGCGUACGCCUACUAUACCAUCCGGAAACUUGUAGUGAAAAACAAACAGACAAACAGCACCAGACGAAUCAUACAAUACCACUUCACAAGGUGGCCAGAUCAUGGAGUUCCUGAACCUUUCGAACUCCUCCAGUUUUACAAGCGGGUGAACAGUGGGCAUACAGCGCAUAAAGGUCCCUUGAUUGUACACUGCAGCGCCGGUAUCGGCCGAACAGGUAGUUAUAUUGGACUGGAUGCAUUAAUGAAACAAGGAACAAGCAGUGUAGAAAUCGACGUGUUUGAUUACACUGAAAUGAUGCGAAAGGACAGAAUGAAUAUGAUACAAACAGCGAAGCAGUAUGAAAUGCUUCAUUUUGUCUUGUUGGAGGGUUUAACAGUGAUGACUUCAAGCAUGUCAAAGACAGACUUUUGCAGAGUCCUCACAGACAUGCUUGAGGAUAAUAUACCAGCGCAGCAGUAUGCAGUCCUUAACAAUGCAAAACCCGAAUACAGUACCAGAGAGUAUAAGUCAGCUUUAUCAAACAAAGACAAAAAAAAGAACCGAUCAAUUUUGGCAGUCGAAAAGUAUAAGAUCCGCCUUAUGACGACCACGUCAGGGUAUAUCGACGCAGUGAACAUCCCGGGAUAUAGAACCCCGUACGGCUACAUCAUUACCCAGCAUCCUCUGGACAACACUGCCACUGACUUCCUGUCGCUGAUUGCCCAGGAACGAUCGGACACGGUUGUGUCCAUCGGUAACUUAAAGGUGGGAACAAGUGUUAUUUUUAGAUAA